UGAGCUGUGAGUACACAUCGAGUUCUUCCAUGCUGAGGAGCGGACGUGGCCCACUGGAAUUGACAUCAACCAGCCAUGCAGCGCUGCCUCACUCUGACUCUUGCACGGCACAGCAGGCUCGUCUUGAGAAAUAAAUUUGCAUCUGUCCACUGCCAGCAGUCAGCAGCCAUGUCAGGUCUCCUCAUCAACCAGCCGAAAUACUCCUGGCUGAAAGAGCUAGGCCUGUCUGAGGACAACCCUGGUGUUUACAACGGGAGCUGGGGAGGCAGCGGGGAGGUCAUCACGUCUUACUGCCCCGCCAACAAUGAGCCGAUCGCCAGAGUUACCCAGGCAACAAUGGCAGAGUAUGAAGAAACUGUCCAGAAGACGAGGGAGGCUUGGAAGAUGUGGGCAGAUAUUCCAGCUCCAAAAAGAGGGGAGAUUGUGAGGCAGAUUGGUGAUGCUCUAAGAAAGAAGAUCAAAGUCCUCGGGAGCCUGGUGUCCCUAGAAAUGGGCAAGAUCUAUGUUGAGGGAGUGGGCGAGGUUCAGGAAUACGUUGAUGUCUGUGAUUAUGCUGUUGGUCUGUCGAGAAUGAUCGGUGGGCCCAUCUUGCCUUCAGAAAGACCAGGCCAUGCUCUGAUCGAACAGUGGAACCCAGUCGGUCUGGUCGGCAUCAUCACUGCCUUUAACUUCCCUGUGGCUGUGUACGGCUGGAACAAUGCCAUCGCUCUGACCUGUGGCAACGUCUGCCUCUGGAAAGGAGCUCCAACCACACCUCUCACGAGUGUUGCAGUUACCAAGAUUGUGGCUGAGGUGCUGGAGCAGAACAACCUGCCCGGCGCAAUCUGCUCCAUGACCUGCGGAGGCGCUGAUAUCGGCACCGCCAUGGCGAAGGAUGAGCGUGUGGAUCUGCUGUCGUUCACUGGCAGCACCCAUGUUGGCAAGAUGGUGGCCAUGAUGGUGCAGGAAAGGUUUGGUCGCAAACUGCUGGAGCUCGGCGGAAACAAUGCUAUCAUUGUGUUUGAGGACGCUGACCUAAAUCUUGUGGUGCCCUCUGCUGUCUUCGCAUCCGUGGGAACCGCUGGCCAGCGCUGCACCACAACCAGGAGGCUGAUGCUGCAUGAGAGCGUUCACGACACAGUGGUCGAGAGGAUUACCAAAGCCUACAAACAAGUCCGCAUCGGAGACCCCUGGGAUCCCAGCACCCUGUAUGGGCCUCUGCACACCAAACAAGCGGUGGAUCAGUACCUGGCAGCUAUUGAGCAGGCCAAGAAACAGGGCGGCACUCUGGUCUGUGGAGGAAAGGUGAUGGACCGUCCUGGAAACUACGUGGAGCCCACCAUCAUCACAGGGCUGGCUCACGACGCUCCCAUCGUCCAUACAGAAACCUUUGUCCCCAUCCUCUAUGUCCUCAAGUUCAAGACAGAAGAGGAGGCAUUUGCGUGGAACAACGAGGUCAAGCAGGGUCUGUCCAGCAGCAUCUUCACCAAAGAUAUGGGCCGGGUUUUCCGCUGGCUGGGACCCAAAGGAUCCGACUGCGGCAUCGUGAAUGUCAACAUUCCUACCAGCGGAGCUGAGAUCGGAGGAGCCUUUGGUGGGGAGAAACACACUGGAGGUGGAAGAGAGUCUGGCAGUGACUCAUGGAAGCAGUAUAUGAGGCGUUCAACGUGCACAAUAAACUACAGCAAGGAUCUUCCUCUUGCCCAGGGAAUCAAGUUUGAGUGAAGCCUUGAAGUUGUUUAAUUAAGCUUCGAUGAGCCCAAAAGGACAACACUACAUGUUUUCAAGUGGCAGAGUGUUGCUUAAUAAUGCAAGACAUUUGUUUUUGCAUUUUUGAAUUCAGAAAGGUCAGUUUAAUUUGAACAGAAUUUGAAAUACUUUUGGAUGGGUCUCAUUAGUCAUGCAUCAAAUCUAUGUAUGUGGUUGUGGUUUUAGAUACUAAUCCUGGAUUUGAAGUUUGAAAAUAGUUUUGUGUUUAAGGUCAAAUACUGUUUCCUCAAAGGUUGGGGUGCACUUUUCUACAAGCACUUAGAAACUGGGUUUGAGAGCUAGAUGACUGUAGCAGAUACUUUAUACGGUAUAAUAAAUAAAUCUUUACUUUGGGAAAAAAGUGGUGUUGACAUUAUCAACAUGUCAAAUUAGAAUAUGACGGUCAAUCAGAUGGUUGAUUUUAUAUAAACAGAAAGACACUUGUGAAUGCGAGAUACAGUAUUUCUGACAUGGUAAAUAGCAUUUCAUCACAGACUGUUUGAAAAGGAGUUAAGUGUUAAAACACUGUUGUUUGCAUCUUUACUACAGCAUUAAUAUACUGUGCUUUGCAUCUAAAGCGCCCUUUAAGAAAUGGUCACAAUGUGCUUUUCAGACUAACCACAAAUAAAAGCUUCUUGUUGAUA